AGAAGCAACAGAGCCCAGAGAGAGAGAGCGAGAGCGGGGCUGCAAACACACGCUCAACACAGAUAACCGCUUCUUUAUGCUGUUUAAAAUAAUUAAACACUGUUAAAUACACGUUUUUAUGUAUUUUACAGUCAUUAUAGUUGGUUUAUUUGGCUGGCGGCUGCUGGGGAAGUCACUGCGUUAAACCUGUUCUGGAUUUAAUCAUCACUGAAGGCUGAUGAUAUUGAACGUGAUUCAAUUUGGAUUUCACUGAGUUGGGACAUGCUGCUAAAGACCUUCAACAGAGAUCAAUAGAUGCAACAAGCAGUGAAUAUCAUCAUCGUCUUCAAAGAUUCCGUUUUACGUAUAUGCUGGACGUUCACUCAGUGACGAGGCACUCCGGUGUAUGAUGUUGCCUGAAUAAUUGCUUUCAAAACUGCUUUGUGGAGACGCCAAGCUGGGAAGCCUUUUUGGUGGUCAUGGCUAUCCCAGCAGUAAAGAGCUUAGACUCUGAUUUGAAUCAGACUAAACUUGACUUUGACCGUCUCCACAGACUCUGAAUGGAGGAGGGCAGAGUGCUCGGUCUCUGUCCUCUCAGAGAGCUCCAGGCGGUGACCUUCAAGAUCUCUUCGGCUCUAUUGGAAAGCAUUACUUUUAUCAUUGUUAUUUUUUUUAGGACACAUCAAGCCCUAAAAGUGUCAGGAGAAAGUAUAAUAAUAAUAAUAAUAAAAUAUUUUGGACGUGGGAAGUGAGUGUGUAAAAGUUUGGAAAUGGCUCGGCCCGGUUCAGGAGUGCUGGUGUCUGUCGGAGGGGGACUGGGCUACUCCUCUCAGAGCAUGGCACGUGUGGUAGUGUGGGAGUGGCUAAACGAACAUGGGCGAUGGAGACCGUACACUGCAGCUGUGUGCCAUCACAUCGAGAACAUUCUAAAGGGUGACGCGCGUGGAAGCGUCAUUCUGGGCCAGGUGGACCCCCAACUAUCUCCCUAUGUUAUAGAUCUGCAGUCAAUGCACCAAUUCAGGCAGGACACAGGCACAAUGCGCCCAGUACAGCGGAACUUCUACGACCCGUCCUCAGCCCCCGGCAAAGGAGUAGUGUGGGAAUGGGAGAACGACAAUGGCUCCUGGACUCCUUACGACAUGGAAUUGUGUGUGAGCAUCCAGAACGCCUACGAGAAGCAGCACCCAUGGCUGGACCUAAGCUCACUGGGCUUCAGCUACCUGGUGGACUUUGACAGCAUGGCUCAGACCAACCGGCAGAGCCAGAGAAGGCGGCGCAUUCGCCGCAGGAUGGACCUGGCCUACCCCCUCAUUGCAGGCUCUAUCCCUAAAUCUCAGUCGUGGCCGGUGGGUACUAAUUCCGGCACGCCCUGCUCCUGCCAGCAGUGCCUGCUGGUGCACAGCACACGCGCCGCCUCCAACGCCAUCCUGGCCUCGCAGCAGAGGAGGAAGCUGUACGGCAUGGCGGCUGGGACGGGGGAUCAGAUGGCCCCCACGGUUCGGCAGAGCAACACUUUCGCCGGCACCUCCCUCUGGUCGUCCGGAGCCGCGGUUGCAGGGGGUCACCAUAACAACAUAGCAGUAGGCGGGGGAGGAGGUGGAAAAGUGGAGAUGAGUACACUUAACUUUCCCUGUGCCCCAGCACUCAUGAACCUGCCGACCACUCACACACUGACGAUUAACGGGCAGAACAAUCUGAACCGCCCAGGAACGCAGCGCAUCGUGGUGUCCACCAGCCGUGGAAGUAUUCCACCAGGGGUACCUGCACUACCUGUGAAAAACCUCUCAGGGUCGGGACCUGUUCAUCCUGCACUAGCAGGGAUGACUGGUAUUCUGUUGUGUGCUGCCGGGUUGCCCGUGUGUUUGACACGUGCCCCCAAGCCCAUUCUGCACCCGCCGCCAGUCAACAAGAGCGACCUGAAGCCAGUGCCUGGAGUUAACGGCAUUCGCCGCAAGACCAAGAAAAAACACCUGCGCAAGGGUAAAAAUCCAGAGGAUGUGGUGCGCAGAUACACAGAGAAAAUCAAAGUAGCUCCUGAUGAGGACUGUACCAUCUGCAUGGAGAGACUGGUGACAUCAUCAGGCUAUGAAGGUGUGCUGAAUCAUAAAUGCAUUAAGCCGGAGCUGGUGGGCAAACUGGGGAAGUGUGGUCACAUGUAUCACCUGCUCUGCUUAGUAGCCAUGUACAACAACGGCAACAAGGAUGGCAGUUUGCAGUGUCCUACAUGUAAGGCCAUCUAUGGGGAGAAGACGGGCACACAGCCGCCUGGGAAGAUGGAGUAUCACAUCAUCCCCCACAGCCUGCCUGGCUACUCUGAAUCAAAGACCAUACGAAUAGUCUACGACAUUCCUGCUGGCAUACAAACCACAGAGCAUCCUAACCCGGGAAAGAAAUUCACAGCGCGUGGUUUCCCUCGGCACUGCUACCUACCUGACAACGAGAAAGGCCGGAAGGUGCUGAAGUUGUUGAUCAUGGCUUGGGACAGACACCUGAUCUUCACCAUCGGGACCUCCAGCACCACUGGAGAGUCGGACACAGUGGUCUGGAACGAGAUUCACCACAAGACUGAGUUUGGCUCCAACCUCACUGGCCACGGCUACCCCGAUCCUAACUAUCUGGACAACGUUGUUGUGGAACUGUCAGCACAGGGUGUGGGUGAAGACAACCUGAAGGACUGAAGAGAGCUGCGGUGGAGGACUGCUGUGAGCUGCAGUGGAUCUCACAAAUGCAAACACAACUCACACACACCUUUGGACGAGCUUCUGACCUUUAACGUGACCGCCAACCGCUGACCUGAGGUCAAAAGGGACGGAUGCCCAAAUGUGGCGUCUGGAAUACACACAGGCAGACGAAUGUCUGUGAUUUGAGGUGUUUUGAGGAAGGCGUAAUGUGGGAUAACAAUAAGAUGCUCUAUAUGAUUCGAUUCUGUUUCUGCCAGUCAUUGCUGUCAUCUGAGACGGGGGAUUUUCGAUUUGUUUCUCUUUGCAACCAAAAAAAAAUGCUAUAGGAAGUGCUCUUUGUAAGACCAAGUGAACAGCAGGUCGUAGCUUGGGUGCGCUCUUGGAGGAUAUUGCGGUGUGUUUCAGCGAGUCAGCGAGUCGGUCGAUAGGUCAGUGAGACCUGCUGGGCGGCGUGGAGAACUGUGGUUUCCAUGGUGAUUUUGUUUUUAUGCCCAGGCCUCUGAGGAUAGAUGUGCAAGGGUUAAAUGGCAGAACUGAGCACCGCUGGGCUUUUCACGCUUGGAGGAUUUACCAUGGAGACGACAUUUGAGGUGUAUGUAGUUCAAAGCUUGAUGAUUGAUGGUCUCCGGUUGUGUGAUAUAUUAGCCUGUUUGUGUUGUCACGGUGCCGGCUGGGGGGGUUAGGUUAGAUAGCAUUUGCUUUUGUAAAGCUUGUGUUUUUCCUGAUCUUUAGAUCUGUAGAUCAAUUAGCCAAGGUUGGGGCUAAGCCUUGAGUUUAUCUGUGACAAGCUUGCUGAGAUCAGAGUGUACAGAGUUCUUUCUUUCCUUUUGAACAAUAAGGGGGUGUUCUCCUGGAAGAAAAACAUUUAUUUCUCUUAUUUUGUUAUCUCUCUAUCUUUGUCUCUAUCUCUCUCUCUCUUUUUUACGAUCGUUCCGAUUGAGCCUUGAAUAUGAAGACAUAUGUCAGUAAGUUCUUUGUUUACCGGAACCCUUGCUCAUCCUCGCCACAGCAAGGAGAUUUAGGCUGAUAAAGUACUGCACUGGGCUAGCUCUGAUCAGACCUGAGCAGAUAAAUCACAAAGCCUUCGAAUCUGUGCUUCCUUUCAAGGUUAAACUCAUUUGCAGUGACUGGCUCUGCCAUGCCGCGGCCCUCGCUGAGGAACACACGCUCAUUAUACCGCCCGUGGAGACAGCAGAGCUCUCAGUGUGAUCCAUCAUGAGGAGCGUGAAUGCGAGCGUGUAUGUUACUGCAUGUAUAAGCUCUCUCCAGUCAUUGAGCAGGAGUUUUAGUCCUGCUAUUCCAGAUAAGAUUGUGCCAGAUUCCACCAACCAGAUUCCAUACACUGCUGAAACAUCAGUGAGCAGUGUUAGCCCGGUAUUGGGUCAGCACCAAACUCAUGGUCUUGAAGUGACAUGUGAAGCAAGUUUAAGUCUACGUUUACACAGCAGGUAAAAGUGGCCCAAAUUCGAUAUUUAUUUAAAGCUGUUCACACUUUUUAAUGUGACAGCAGCGCUUCUAGAGAAGUUUCAGUUUCAUCCUUGCCGGAAUCUCAAGAGCUCUGAAUGAGUUCAGACUUCAGCUGAGCUUAUCACAGAGAAUUUAUUAAAGCCUCGCUGAAAAAAGGACACAUUAUUCUGAUACAGACAGGUUUUUUUUUUUUAUUAUUAUUUUUACGCUGUAGCUGUAGAUUUCUGGCCACAUGCAGCCAAUUCAUUAGAAACACUGUGCGGCUGUGACAUGUGACAAGUAUUCUAAAAUAAUUGUUUCAGAGACUUUAGUCCCAAUAUUUCAGAGCACUGUUAUCAAAUUUUUCGCCAUUAAAGUCCUCAACUGCAUGCUGCUGUCCAUUUUUCCCAUCUACUCACACCUUUUUCUUCUUUUUGACGCAAAAUUCGCAUGGAUUCCGAUCUGGCAGUUUAGACAGUGUGGCACUGCCACGAAUCGAAUUUGUAUCGGAUUUCAGUGCCACAUAUUCAGUGACCCAAAUCAGAAUAAAAAAUGUGGAUUUAGAUUUGAGCGAGAUUUACCUGUUGUGUGAAACGUAGCCUUUGAGGUCUUGAGAAUAGAGCUUCUGCACCCAGGCUGUAUUAUCCAGUGCUCUUUAGGCUGUUUGAAACGUGAUGAAUUAAUUGUACAGUCCUAUCUCUGACUCCUGAUUGGCCGAACGGUUGAUCGCUCGUGUUUGCGAGGGUCGUGGUCGUCGAUUUGAAGUGCUUUGGAUUUUUUUAGAAGCAGAAAUCACGGUCUUCCUGUUCCCUCAAACACAGCAGCUUUCUUUAAGCAAUGGUUUGAUUUGAGUUCGUCUUGAGGUGUUUAAAAUCUCUGCUGUUACCAUGUUUAUAUUUUUACAGUGUCUUAUAAUGCUCCGAUUUUCUAUAUCGUCACUCUCGCGCAAAAAAACUCGUGGCCUUUUGGACUUGAUUUAAAUCUGGCUGGUGUUCUUUGUAUUGUGUCAAAAUGUCAUGUUGAAUGAACCAAUUGGAAUGCUCCAAAGGGACUUGGAUUAGUAAAAUAUUUUGAUUCUAUUGAAACUUCUUUAGAGUUCUGUAAAUUUGAAAUGUGAGUUUUUUGCGUAACAGUGACGACAAAUAUACAUCUAUAUAUACAUAUAUAUAUAUAUUUCCAAGUGUGGCUAUAUAAGCUCAAUUUGAUUAAGUAUUUAAUUUAUUUUUUAUACUCAUACAUAUGUUGCACACACAAACACACACACACACAAGCACACACAAGAUGCACACAAAAAUCAUACAAUGUUUAAUAAUGUUUUAAUACAUAUGCUUUUUGUUUAAAAUCUGACAAGCAGUGCAUUUGUCAGAAAUGUCAGGGACUGUUUAAAAAACGUAUGACUUAUGUACGGAACGUCUGAUAUUAGUCCUACUACUGUCGCUAUGUUAAUGAUGUCAGGUCUGGUGAACUCUUCUAUGGUAACAGUCUGCUAGUGUUGGACAGGGGGCAUUUAGCAGCAUGAAAUUAACCCCCUCCUCCCUUACCUACGGGUUGUGUACCUUUAUAUAACUGCAGGGAAAAUUGCAAACAUUAGCAUCAUCUUUGGCACUCAUUCUUCAUUCAGAUCACUUCUGCUGGGUUGGGAACAAAGCUGCUUCAACAGAGCUGCUUCAACUCCUUUAUGUUAGGCUGUUUACACCUCGCAUUAACUAACAUGCAUUUUAUUUUACCACAUAUGGACCAGGUGUAAUUUUGCUUUGAUAACAGUGUGAGUAGUUUAUUCAAACCAAAUUACAUUGAUAUUUAUAUAGAGCACAUUAAAACUGAUGUUUUAAACUGAUGCAGCUUUACAGAACUAACAUGAAAUGUGGUAUCAGGACAGUGAACCAGACAAAAGAUAAAACAUAGAAACUCACUCUGAGCUGAAGGAGGAAGAAACACUGGGAGGAGCCAAGACAUAAAAGGGGACCCAUCCUCCUCUGAUCAGACUACUCCUCCACCAGUCUUACACACUGGUUUUGGAUAACUUAAUGCCACUCUUAGUGCAAAAAUCUAAGCAGUCCAGCUUGGCUUGAUUGCUUGUGUUCAACCAUUCAGAGGCAGGUGGCAAGAACUGGAUGAUGGGCAGCUGAUCUGUGGUGGGUGAUGGGGAAGGCUGACUUCCAGACACUUCCAUCAGUCUAAGGGUUAAACAUCCAUCAGUAAGUAUCAGGCUGAACAGGUGAGCAGUCAGUAACUCAGAGGAAGGUUAAAUAUGGAAUGAUUUUUGACUGGAUUUAAGAAAACAGACAAUAUGACAGUAUAAAAUAUGAUCAAAGUGUGGUUAAUGACUCCAGCAGAUCUGAAUAAAACAGACUUACUAAAGGGAGAGAGCCAGAAAGUAACAUAGACAUGGAGGCACCCUGAAACACUGGCAUCCACCCACUCCAUCAUCCACAGACCUGAGUGAUCGCAUGCAGUGGGCAAGACGACUCCGUAUUUCAAACAUCACAUCAAUCAUUACGUUCAUUUAAACAACAUUUGAAAGUAGUCAGUGACACAUUUUGAUAACUUUUAAAGAAUAGAUUUAGGCUAGUGGAAAACAUUUUAAAGAAGUUCACACAUCUAACUGUCAGUGCUAUACUAGCUUCUCUGUCUUUGUGUGUAUUGUAUGUGAACACAAGUGACCACAGCUGACAGCAGUAUAUAUUCUAAAUUAAAUGAAGCAAAAUAAAAUCACAUCUGGUCAAUCUGGGGACACAUGUAUCAAUUACAGUGAAAUAUGUUAACAAAAUCCGCCUAAAAGUAUAUUCCAAUAUUAUCUGGAUAUGAUAUAUGUUAAUGCAAGGUGUAAACAGUCUCUGCUGCCACUGCUUAUUCAGAUCUUUUUACAGUAUUUUAUAGUUUAUUAUUUUUCAAUGUGAUUUUGAGGGAUAUGAAUUUGUUGACGUGAACUGCAGCCGCAAUGGUUUAUUCUUAUUUGUUCUACAUAGUUUCAGGUUUUAUAGGUUUGUUCUUUGCGACAGUAAGGGAAACUGUCAAGAAUUACUUGACAAUCAUUAUUUAUUUAUCCAGAUGUUCCCUUCAUGCAAGCACAUUCUAAAGCAAUACAAAUGAAUCAUAAUUAAUUACUUCUAUCUAAUAACUCACAGACGGAUAAAUAUAUAUAUAUACAGGCGAAAGUGCCUGUAAGAUUUCAACAGCCAGCAUUAAAAUAACCCCUCAAACAGAUGUGGACCAUCUGCCUGAUAAGAAUUGGAAUUCAUUACAUUGCAUUACAUUCAGGACUGUGGGCAUACCGCAUGCUGUUUACAGUGAUUUUAUAGGUAUGUAUAUCUUAUAAGGAGGAUAUGAAUACAGUGCAGCACAUGGUUGGGAUGUUUAAGUCUGAGCUGAUGGAAAGAGUACUGGUAAUAGACGUCCUGCUGAGAUACACUAUGUGUCCAAAAGUGAUGUAGACACCUGAUCAAACAAUGUUUCUACUAAAAUCAGUUAAUAGAGUUAAUAAUUGGGUAGAAAUGUAGAAAUUAAAUAGUAUUACAGAAUUUCAGGAUAUUUAAGUCAUAACAAUGUACUUAAAAAUUAAUUUUAAGAAUAUAAUACUGGUGUUCUAACAGUUUCUGUAGAAACAACUAUUUUACAUUAACAGUAACUUAUCAAAACCUAAAAAACUAAAGCUAAUCUGAAACUAAAGGGGCAUAUUUAGUGCAGGCAAUUAAAAGUAAAUACAGGAAAUAGCAAAACAAAUACAACACAGACUGCUUUCAAUAAUAUUGCUAUUAGACCUCCCCCAAUUAGACAUUAUUUUUUAUGUAUUAUGUAUUUUAAGGACUAUAAGGUGCAUUUUAAGCAACAGUAGUAAGGAACAAGGGUGUCACCAUGUUUUCCUUUUAAUUCAGUAGGUCUCGCCCCUAAAUUGUAAUAAAAAAAUGCAUUUUCUUUUAAAGUCAAACGAGUGCUGGAUGUUAAUCUACACAGAUUUAUCUCCUGAAAACUGUUUAUUUGGGUGAGUAAAGCGCUUCUGUUUAUUUACAGUAAGCUUAGAUUUCCAGUAUUUUACCAGCAGCACUAGCGGUAGCAGUGCUUAGCCGCACUUAGCGCUAGUAAAUGCCACGUGCCACAGCUACACUGAGGAACUCCGUGUAGUGUUCUGGUAAGACAGGGUGCUAUCAGCUAGAGUUUCGUUACACGUAGCUUAUUUUAACACAGUAAACACGCAGACUGCAGUCCAAUAUACUCACCUCUGAACAGAGAAAGAGCUAGCGCUGUGGUUAGCAACUAAUGCUAAUACUGCUUCAGUCUCUGUGCUGAAGAAACUUUACUGAAACUUCUUUAUAAGUGGCUUUGCUGCUUUUUACGACCUGACUGGUAAAAUUCAUACAUACAGCACACCAAAUUAUUAUACCAAAUUACACUGUCGAUUUUUUGGUGCGCCUUAUAGUGCAAAAAUACAGUACUAAAUUUGCUGCUUACUCCACAUGGUGGUGCUAUAAUCAAAUGAAUAGAGUAAACCUGUGGUAAAGAAUAGUAGUGGUUAAAUUCUGUAAAACUGACACUAAUAAAUUCAUAAUUCCUGAUAUUUACUUAUUUAGGGGUUUAUUAUUUUAUUCUCUUCAGUAACAAAGAUUCUGUGAAGCAUCGUAGAGAAUUGUCUUGUGAUAUAUCAAGUAUCACAGAAUCGUGAAAAUAGCGAAAUCCACCCUGCUUGGACUAGUUUAUUGGUGUGAAGACUUUAGGACACAUAGUGAAAAUCCUCAGGAGGAUUCGGUCUCUUAUGCAGCUGUUUAUAAGGAACGUGUGCUGAAUUUAAAGGCUGUGGUGGAUAUUUUGUAGCGUUGUGUUUAGAAAUGGAUUGGUGCUCCUUGGUUUUGCUGACCUCUGGCUCGCCAUCAGGUCAUAUUUUAAAGGGGAUCCGAUUGGUUCAUGUAUCGUUCGCCCAUUUCAUUGCAGUUCAUUGAUUAAAUAUUGCACACUUUGUAGCCUUUUGACUAAAUGUGCAAUGUGUUUGUAUAUUGUGCCAUUUCACAGUAUUAUUAUUAUAAACUCAUAGACCUCUCUGCUGCAUGUGGUUGAUAACGGGCUGUAAGAUGUAUCUGAAGAUGUCUCAGAAAGACUGAAUGUUCUUUUUUUAGAUGUGUAGAAGUGUGUAUGUCUGCGUGUGGGUGUGAGUGUGGAUGGUGUCGUGGCGUCUGGCUCGGUUUCUUAGUGGAAAAUAUGCUGCAGUCCGCUGCCCGGCGUGGCGUCGUACAAGAGCUCAGUGUAAUCGCUCAGGUGUGUGCGGACCAUAUGGCCCUGCAGCACCUGCUGACGACCCGCCGGGCUUUUCACCGAGCCGGAGCCAGGAUGCCACAUGUCCUCUUUCACAUGUCCUUCGAAGAUUAUCCAGAGCUAAUUAUUUUAUUACUGAGAGAGGGAGGGAGGGAGGGAGAGAGGGUGUGAGAGUGAAGUUGAAUAGCAGUUUGGAACAUAAGCAGGUAUAAAAUACACUGUAACCAGUUUCUGUAUUUUUUUACAGUAAAAUCAUACAGUAAAUAACUGUUAUUAUAACAAUUUGCGGUUAUUAAACUGUAGAACACAAUGCAUAUUGGCAUGCCUUAUUAAAACAGCUGCCACCUGUAUACCGUAUUUUUCACACUAUAAGCCGCACUGGAAUAUAAGAAUCAUUUUAAGAGAUAAGGAACUUCUAAUUCAGCAGGUCUCAUUUCUGAGUGGUGGUGGGGGGUAGCUAACUAAGUUAGGUAAAGCUAAGCUAAGUAAACAAAACUCUAGCUAACCGCUAGUGGCACUACCCUGAGUAGCCCUGAGUGUUCCAGUUAGCUAGGGCAAUAUUAGCUAGUAGUUUAUCCCACGUAGGUUGUUUUAACGUGGUAAACGUGCAGACUACAGUCUAAUAUACUCACUUCUAAAGGGCGAAUGAGCUAGCACUUAGCACGGUUAGCAGCUAAUGCUGCUUCAGCAGUGCUAGCCACAGUUAGCAGCAGGCUACAGACAGACAAUACUCACCUCUGGACUGAAUGCUGAAAUAGGGGUUAGCGGCUAAUGCUAAUGCUACUCCAGUCUUGGUGCUGACAAUUUUCUGGAAAAUUAAAGGAUUUUAAAUGCACCUUAUAUUGUGAAAAAUACAUUCUGUAUAACUGUAACAUUCAAAGAAAACAAUUUGUAUGUUUCCCUAGAAUUUACUGCAGAAGAGACCUAAAUUUUGCCAGAUUAUAGACUGUAAACAAAACAUAUAACAUUUAUAUCAAUAAACCUGUAGCAACGAUUUGCUCUCUUUGGGGUAAAGUUUGCUCCAUGUUUUUCGUAAAUACAUAAUUUGAUGAUGUAAAAAAAAAAAAAGAAAAAUUUUACAUCUUUCACAUGUGUCCUAUUAGUCCUAACAUAAUUUAUUUGCAUAAUAGGCAUGUCCCCAAGUAACUACGGGGCAAGUUACUAUUCAUGCUGCAGUGAUUUACUCUUAAUUUACUCUGAAUUUUUUACAGUGUGUGACUAUCUAUUAUUUUACAGUACUUCAUUGCCAACUAUAGAUCCCAAGCAUUUAAAUUACGUUUGGUUAUGAUAAAAAAAAUGAUUACAAUAUUAUAAUGUAUUUAUUUAUAACAAAACUCUAUUUAAAUUACUAUUCUUAUCAUACAUGUGCUGUAUGGUGUAAUCUUUCUUCACAGUAAAUUACUGUAAAUUUUCACUCCUUUAUUGCCGUUAAUUUACUGUAAAAUUUACAGGAAACUUUUUACAGUGUGAAUUAAAGUUAGUGUUUUUUCUGUUUGGGGAGAAAAUAAUAAUAAUUAACUCUGUGAUCAUGAUUACAAUGAUACAGUAUUCUGAGGCUUAAGAGCUUUAAAUAAAUCUACACAGGCCAGAAUUCUCCAAUAAACACAAUAGUUUAAAGAGAAGGAAUUGUGACAUUUGUUUGCUUGCUUGUGAAAUCAUUUGCUACAGAGUUUGGGGUUAUCAAAAACUGUACCAUGUAUGGGAAUGUUAGCAUUGUGAGAUAUUUUGUUUUUGCAUCUGUUUUACAUCUCUUUCUCGGCCUUCCUGCUCUUUAUCGUUCUUUUUCGUGCCUCAUGCGACAGAUCUGCGCUAACCGAAAAGCGCAAUGUUCUCUCAGUGUUAUGAUGUCAAAGGCGCAUGUAGCUUCUCUAUAUCUUUUCAUGUGGUGAAGGCGAGAGAAGGACGUCUUAACAUGUACAUUAUGAUGUAGAUGAUCUUACUGAUAUCAGGCUACCAUUUAGUAAUAUUGUUUGAUGAAACAAUAAAAAGGGCUUUUAUGAUACAUGUCUUAACAGAACUGUUAUAACCUUGUUGCAUGUUUGUGUUUCCUGUGAAAUAAAUGCCGCUCCUUAACCAAAGGCACUUUGA